AUGCUUUUCCAAGCGUUGCCGAACGACCGUGCCGUACUGCCGUUGCUCCUGUACAUUCAGGAGCGGCUUGGACUCUGGGGUGAAUCCUACCGGGUACGCUAUCUGUUUGUUGUUGUGGCGUUUAGCAUUACUGUUUGCAUUCCGAAGUUUACUACUACCUACACCAAUCUGGAAACGUUCAUCUGCUCGAUGGCGGAGCUUGUCUUCAUGGGGAAUGUUGUCGGCGGUUCGAUGCUGCUCUGGACGGAGUACGAUUCCUUCAGACAGUUCAUCGAGCAGGUGAACAGUUUGACAAAGUACUGUAAGUACGCUUGA